AUGCAGACACCUCUGAUCUCCUACUUCGUCUCCAUCCUGUUUGCCGCAGGUCUUUGCUUGCAUUGUGAGCACUGCAGCAGCAACACGGACUCCUGCACUGGGAUGCCAGUUCUGUGUGAACAAUCCCAUACUGCCUGCCUCACCCUUACCAUAGAGACCACAACUGGGCAUGACGUGUCCUUGGCCACCUACAAAGGCUGCACCAAGCUCAUGUACUGCCCUUCAUCCCCCAUGAGCUUCACUUUUCCUAACCAGCGCGAACGGAGAGCUGCCAAGUGCUGCCGCAAGGAUCUCUGCAACAGUGGAGCAGUGACAAUGCGCCGGCUGCAGACCAGACCAAAUGGACUGAAAUGUCCUGGGUGCUUCUCAAAGGACCCAAGCUGCAUACCCACCGAGAUAAUAAGCUGCAAUGGCUGGGAAGACAACUGUGUCUACUAUGAUUUUGCUGUGGAGCAGGAUGGUCAGAUCUACACUUACGCAAAACGUGGUUGUGCAACCAGACGUGCUUGUCUGAAUGAGCCACGUUACUUUGGGAUCCCUGGAAUGUACAUGGAAAUUCUGAAAAACCCCCAGUGCACUGCAGCUCCCAAAAUACUCACCAAAAUUGGCAAGUAG